AUGGAAGAACGAGUGAAGCGAUACAAAUCAUUAGGCCACACGGUCAAUCUCAUCACUUCAGAAGACAGAAGUUAUCUAGCCUCUGCAAUCACCUUCACCGAUGAUGACCUGAAGGGCGUACACCUACCCCAUGAUGAUCCACUCGUCAUUUCCCUACUGGUUGAUCAUUGCCAGCUGGGCAGAGUUCUAAUCGACGGGGGUAGUGGGGUCGACAUCCUCUUCUGGGAAGCCUUCCAGAAGAUGGGGCUAGAGGAGAAUCAGAUCCGGCCCUCCACCACGCCCAUUUUGGGAUUCAACAGCCAAAGAGUAUAUCCAAAAGGCGUCGUUCGAUUAACUGUGGUGGCCGCAGAACGCACCCUGCCAGUAGAUUUUCUCAUUAUAGAGUCCACCACAAGCUAUAACGCCAUCAUGGGGAGAAAUUGGAUCCACCGGAUGCAGGGGGUAGUCUCAACUCUACAUCAAGUGAUGCGGUGUAAAUCACUCAACGGGCGCAACACCGUCGACAUCAAGGGCUGCUAG